AUGGAGACAGUUUCUGCUACCGCUGCCAAUUAUGUUGCUCAAAUGAAUAUGCUUCCAAUGCUUAAUGAGGCAAAUUUCAAACUGUGGAAAGAGAAUGUGGAAAUUGUCCUCGGCUGCAUGGAUCUCGACAAUGCGCUAAGGACUGAGAAACCCACUUCCACUCAGGAAAAUCCAAACACGGAUAAAAUUGAGAAGUGGGAACGCUCAAAUCGCAUGUGCCUGAUGAUCAUGAAACUUUCCGUUCCGGAGGCGUUUAGGGCCUCGAUUGUUGAGACUACUGAUGCCAAGUUGUUUAUGAAGGAACUCGAGCAAUACUUUACUCGAAAUGAAAAGGCUGAAAUUGGUCAAACGUUGUCCAAACUCAUAAACAUGAGGUAUAAAGGAAAGGGAAACAUAAGGGAGUACAUUAUGGAAAUGUCUAACUUGCUAGAAAACUAA